GUCCUGGUGGCCACAGUUGACAAUGCUAACCUCCUCCUGCAGAUUGACAAUGCCAGGCUGACAGCUGAUGACUUCAGGACCAAGUUUGAGACGGAGCAGGCUCUGCGCCUGAGCGUGGAGGCCGACAUCAAUGGCCUGCGCAGAGUCCUGGAUGAGCUCACCCUGGCCAGAGCUGACCUGGAGAUGCAGAUUGAGAACCUGAAGGAGGAGCUGGCCUACCUCAAGAAGAACCACGAGGAGGAAAUGAAUGCCCUGCGUGGGCAGGUGGGUGGAGAGAUCAGCGUGGAGAUGGAUGCUGCUCCUGGAAUUGACCUCACCAAGAUCCUGGCUGACAUGAGGGAGCAGUACGAGAGCCUGGCGGACAAGAACCGCAGGGACGCCGAGCAGUGGUUCUUCAGCAAGACGGAAGAGCUGAACCGGGAGGUGGCCAUCAACACGGAGCAGCUUCAGAGCGGCAAGACGGAGAUCACAGAGCUACGACGCACCAUCCAGAGCCUGGAGAUUGACCUGCAGUCCCAGCUCAGCACGAAAGCGGCGUUGGAGGGCACCUUGGCCGACACAGAAGCCCGUUACGGCACCCAGCUGGCCCAGCUCCAGGGGCUGAUCACCAGCGUGGAGGAGCAGCUGGCCGAGCUGCGGUGCGACAUGGAGCGCCAGAACCACGAGUACAGGGUCCUCCUGGACGUCAAAUGCCGCCUGGAGCAGGAGAUCGCCACGUACCGCCGGCUCCUGGAGGGCGAGGACGCCCACAUGUCUUCCCACUACGUCUCACAGUCUGUGAAAGAAGGACCUGUAACUACCCGUCAAAUCCGCACAAUCUUUGAGGAGGUCCAGGAUGGGAAGGUGAUUUCCUCCCGUGAGCAGAUCACCCAGGCUGCCCGCUGA